AUGGACAGCCUCUGUGCCGCAAACACCACUUUUGCACUCGACCUCUUAAGAAAGCUGUGUGAGAACAAAAGCAGGCAGAAUCUGUUCUUUUCUCCUUUUAGUAUUUCUUCUGCUUUGUCUAUGAUUUUGCUGGGUUCAGAAGGUAACACUAAAGCCCAGAUAGCAAAGGUGCUUUCUCUCAACAAAGCCAAGGACGCUCACAAUGGCUAUCAGUCACUUCUCUCUGACAUCAACGAUCCAAGCAGCAGAUACAUACUGAGAACUGCUAACCGACUUUAUGGAGAAAAGACAUUUGAGUUUCUCUCAUCAUUUAUAGAGUCGAGUCAGAAAUUCUACCAUGCUGGACUAGAACAGACUGACUUCGUGCAUGCUUGGGAGGAUUCCAGGAAACAAAUAAAUGGCUGGGUAGAGGAAAGGACGGAAGGUAAAAUUGGGAACCUGUUGGCAGAGGGGACUAUCGAUUCGCUGACCAGACUUGUGUUGGUGAAUGCCAUCUAUUUCAAAGGCAGCUGGGAAAAGCAGUUCAACAGAGAGAGAACGACAGAAAUGCCUUUUCAUAUUAGCAAGAAUGAGACAAAACCUGUGCAGAUGAUGUUCAAGAAGGAUAAAUUUAACAUGACCUAUAUUGGGGACUUCAAGACCAAAAUCCUUGAGCUCCCUUAUGUCGGUAACGAACUCAGCAUGAUCAUCCUGCUCCCUGAUGCAAUCCAGGAUGGAUCCACCGGCUUGGAAAGCCUGGAAAGAGAACUUACGUACGAGAACCUGACAGAUUGGAUCAAUCCUGAAAUGAUGGACUGUACGGAGGUGAGGGUGUCUUUACCCAGGUUUAAACUAGAGGAAGAUUACGAUCUGAAUGACCUUCUGAGCAGCAUGGGAAUGCCUGACGCGUUUGACUUGCAGAAGGCAGACUUCUCGGGAAUGUCGUCCGGCAAUGAGCUGGUGCUCUCUAAAGUAGUUCACAAGUCCUUCGUGGAAGUCAACGAAGAAGGCACGGAAGCGGCAGCGGCAGCCGCCACGGCAGGCCUGAUGGUUCUGCGCUGCGCAAUGAUUGUUCCAGAAUUCACUGCCGAUCGUCCCUUCCUCUUCUUCAUCCGGCACAACAAAACCUCCAGCAUUUUGUUCUGCGGCAGAUUUUGCUCUCCCUGA